AUGACCUCCGGUCUGCGUCCUGGCCCUCUGCUGGUGCUGCUCCUGGUCCUCCCCGGCUCUGAGGAGGACUGUCCCUCCGUCUGCCUCUGUCUAUCGGACACGGUGAGCUGCAGCUCCAGCGGUCUGACCAAGCUGCCUCUGUCCCUGCCCUCCUCCUCCGUCACCCUCGACCUCAGCCACAACCAUCUGUCCUGGCUGUUUCCGGGCAGUUUCAAUCGGAUGCCCAGACUGGAAAACCUCCGGCUGGCCCACAACCAGUUCAGCUCCCUGGGCCACGGGGUGUUUCGUAACGCCUCCGGCCUCCGCCACCUUGACCUGUCCUCCAACAAGCUGCAGGUGGUGGAGCAGCACUUCUUCCAGGGGCUGUGGCGGCUGGAGGAGCUGUUGCUUUUCAAUAAUAAGAUCACGCAGGUGGAGGGCGGCACGCUCGGCGGCCUGAGCAGUUUGAAAAAGGCCUAUUUCAGCCUCAACCAGAUCACGGACUUCCCGUUCUUCUCCAUCCGGGACCACAGUCACCCGUUCCUGACCAUGCUGGACCUCUCGUCCAACCGCAUGAGUCGCCUGCCGUGGGAGGACGUGAAGGCCUUGCCGGGUCUGGUGCAGCGGGGGCUGUACCUCCACAACAACUCGCUGAUCUGCGACUGCGCCAUGUACAGCGUGUUCUGGCACUGGGACCUGAGGGACUUCGACUCGCUGAGGGAGUUCACAGAUGAGCACACCUGCAGCGUCUACGGGAACCCGAGGUCCUCCAUCCGGUUCCUGCGGCACUCCGGCUUCUUCCGGAACUGCACCGUGGAAAAGGCCGUCUCGCUGCCGGUGACCGUUCUGCUCUCGCACGUGGUGGUCUUCGAGGGGGAGAAGGUGCGACUGGACUGCCAGACGUCCUUGAGCAGUGCGGAGCUCUCGUUCACAUGGAGCUCCCCCAACAAGGGCCGCGUCACCCAGACGGGCAUCAACGACACCCAGACGGGCAUCAACGACACCCUGACUAGCCUGUUUCCUGACGGCACCUUGGAGAUCCGAGAAACCACGGUCAACGACUCGGGUUUGUACGUGUGCACAGCGGCGGAUAUCAAACAGGCGCUGAACGCGACGCGGGAGGUGAACGUGACGGUGGUGCUGCCCGCACCGGAGUCCUUCAACACGGGCUACACCACGCUUAUUGGCUGCACGGUGACCACGGUCAGCGUAAUGAUAUACCUCUACAUGACGCCGUGCCGCUGCGGCUGCUGCAAACAGCCCAGGCCUCAGGAUAUACCGAUCGCGACCUACGACCCCAGCGCCCUCACGUCCAUUUUCUCCACCUCCAUGAGAGACAACAACAAAAUGCAAACGAACAAGCACGUGGCAUUCAUGGAGCCGACGAGGAGUGAAGAAGGAACAGAAUGGGAACCUGAGGGCGGAUGGUGA